AUGCCAGGUCCAGAACUCAUCAGCCUGACUCCAAAAGGUCACACGGAGGUGGAUGUAACAAUGACUGCGCGGACGGAUUGGGAUAAAAAGGACGUGCUUGUGGCAUACGUGGCAGGAGCGGCGGAGGCGAAGAACUGCAUUCAAUAUAACGAUACCAUGGAGUGCAUAAUCGGUGGACUGUUGCCGCGCAUUCCCUACAACGUGUGUGCACGAUUCUGUCACUCGAAUGCGACAGCCACGACAGCUGUGUCAGACUCCUCCGGGGGCGCUCAACUCUCGUCAAGUGUUGAUCUUUUUCGGAUCGGCACAGUUGAAGCAAACGACGCGUUGAUUUGCAGCAACGCUGUGUGCAGUAGUGUGACGAUACCCAUAGAAGUGGUACUUUGCACGGAAGCGGAGGAGGAGGGUGAGGAGGAUGUUAUUGCAGUGUCGAGACGGUAG